UUUCCUUCACGUCUCUCUUUUUAGCUGGAUUUAAGGUUAAUUUGCAAACAUGGAUCUCGCCUCCAAGGACUCGUACAUCCAGAAACUCGCAAGUAAAGUCUUCUCUCAACGAGACCAGGAGCCAAAGAAAAGACCGUUCGCUUAUUUCAAGGGUAAAACUGACACUGGUCCACCAAAGAAGAAGAAAAAGUGUAAAAAGAAGCAUUUUAAAGAAAAGAGCUCCGAUGAAAAGAAACUCAACCCAAAAUCCCAACAGAAGUCUUCACCGUCUCCUGCAGCACAGAAAGGCCCAGCCUCUGCAAAACUGAAUGGCUCCAAAUCUCAGAGCACAAUUGUAUCUACACCCCAGCCGCCUAAAGGAGCAAAUGCAGAGUCCAACUUCUCCACUGUAGAUGUACUGCGCAAGAGACUGCACGAAAAGAUUGAAGAGUCCAGAGGGCAGGGAGCCCCAAAGGAUGCAGCAUCAGAGGCAGUCCAGGCAAAGCGGGCAAAGCGAAAGCUGGAACGGGAGCGCAAGAAGAGGAAGAGGAAAGAGUUUCGAAUGAAGCAACUGGCUGAAAAAAGUGGGCAAGAACAGCAGCCGGAGAUUAAACAGGAAGAAGAGCCAGUCCAAAAGAAGGCAAACAAAAGAAAUGAAUCAGCCAUCAUCUUCAAUACAGUGCAGACGGUGGAAGAGGGAUAUGUCGACAAGAUACAGAAAAAGAGGAACAAGAAACAGAGCGUGAAGGGCCAGAUAACCCCACUGACAGGGAAGAACUACAAGCAGCUGCUCAGUCGUGUAGAGGCCCGCAAAGCAAAACUGGAGGAGUUGAGGGAGAAAGACGCUGGGAAGGCCCGCGAGAUGGAGGAGAAGAUGAAGUGGACCAACUUGCUUUACAAGGCAGAGGGCAUCAAAAUUAAAGACGACGAGAACAUGCUGCGCACCUCGCUGAAGAAGAAGGAGAAGAGGCGUGAGCAGAGGAAGAAGAACUGGAGCCAGCGCAGCGAGAGCGUCAUAGAGAAGAUGCAGCAACGUCAGGACAAGAGGCGAAGGAACCUCCAGAAACGCAAGCACGCCAAAACAGAGAAGAAGAAGGACAGGGCGCGGAAGAAGGGCAGAGUGCUGCCUGAGGACUUGAAAAAAGCCGCAGUUUAGAGGAAGGACUUUGUAACGACCUAGGCAAUGUCUAAGUACGUCUGUCUUUUUGUGGCAGUAUGACUUAUUAACAUGAUAUGAACAGUGCACAUAUUGUACUUUUGCUCCUUUUUUAAGAAGUAAUAUUAUGUAUGUUGCGGUCAAUAAAAUGUGGUUCUUCUUUGAUCAUUAUGAACAUGA